AUGGUUGAAAAGCGUCAGCGGACUUCAUCGCCUGAACAGGUGACUACUAGCGAUCAAGGCACGUCCACAUCGAGGCUGUCCACGUUUCAUGCGGUGCAGCAGAUGGAAGACUCUUCAAUAGGCCUGCAGAGCAGUCACUUAGAAGUAUGGGAGGAAGAACCCGUUGUCAUGGAAAGCGUGGGUCGGUACAGUGAUGGUGAGGAGAGCAUCGUACCGAAUUUGCCACCGUUUUCAUGCCUAGCCGAAUCCGCGGACACUGAAGUAGCGACUGAACGCGUAUCACAGAGCAGCGCCACCGUUGUGGCCGAAGGAGUUCGCACCGGUAGCUCAGCCAUCCCUGAACUGCAGCGUGAACAGGAAUCCGCUUCAAGCAGCACUGCGGCUGAACCAAACGCUGCUGCUGGCGAUCAACCGCAGCCUCUUGGUGAUCAACCGCAGCCUUCUGGCCAAUCCUUGGAAUCUGAGGAAUCUGAAGGAGAAGAGAACCAACUUCCAGAUGUGGAAGAGAGCUCAGAGGCGCUUCCGGUCGAACCAGAAGCGAGCGAAGACUCUAAUGAACGACAACCAUCAACUUCAGACUUAGCAAGCGUUCGCGUCCGCAGGCCGAUCGUCUGGCAGGCAAACGACGACGGUACCGGCAGAUCAGAUGUCGUGCAGUCUUCUAGUCCGAUACGUGGUCGCAUUGGCCGGUUGCAGUUGGGUAGACGUUCUCGACCACCAAUUUCAUCUUUGCGCAGACGUGGUAUAUUCCGAGCGCUUCAUCGACAUUUGUAAUU